CUGCUUUAGUUCUUGUCAUUCAUUUUCAUGUUUUUAUCAGUCUUGUGUAAAAUAAAUCAUAAAUAUUAUAAAGACCUUUUGUGUAAAUGACUCACAACACUUUCUUGAGAUGGCUUCUGUAGAGUUGUCCAACUGCAUCUCUUGGCAUUUUUUAAACAAUCUUCUUGAUAUUUUCUGUCAUCUCCAUCUGUUUGGAUUUAAGGUUGAUAUCCAGACAAGCUGUGCUGCAAAGAGCCACCUGAUCACCUCAGUGUGUGUUAUGCAGGUGUAAGACUCAUGGCAUUUUCAGGGAGGAAACAUAAAACCACUCCUGUUAAAUUAUAUCCACCUCACCUCGGGGAAAUAUAUUGAGCAUAGCCAAAGGUUAAGGCAGAGGAGUGCCGUGAGACUAGGAAGCAGCCAAUCAGAUGAAGAGGGUCUAAAGAUCCAAUGCCUGCAGGCGAGCAGCACCAAGCCCAGCUGCUUAGUCUCCUUCAGUUGCAGAUGAAGAGCGCAUAUAUGUUGCAAAAGGGCUUCUUAUGUUGGCUGUAGCCACCGAACUGCCCCGUGUCUAAGAAGAGAGGGAUAGAUGCCCAAGCAACUCAUUCUGCACAGCAGCCACCAAGACAACGCUCCUGUGCUGGAAUGUUCUCACUUGAAGACAUUUGGAUUGGACUUAAUCUUAAACCUCUGGAGGUCAAGACCUUUUAAAAAGGGCUAAACAAACAAUCUCUACACGGAAAGGGCCGCUGAGUCCUGCUUCCUGUGUUGGAGCAACUGUGAAGUUCAGCCUCUUCAAGAGCCAGAAUAGGACAGACUCAUAUACCAUUCUGAUCUGGGUACAUUUCUUCAGAAGGAUUAAAGGUGUACACCAGCAUCGUCCAGCUUCUAUGGAUAACUAGUGUGGCUGCUGGGAUUAAAGGAAAACUGAAGACUUUAAUAACAAACCCUUCAAGGUGAAGAUGAAUACAGAUAGCGGUGGGUGUACUCGCAAACGUGCUGCCAUGUCUGUUACGUUAGCAUCUGUGAAGAGAGUUCAGAGUUCUCCAAAUCUAUUGGCUGCAGGGCGUGAUUCUCAGUCUCCAGACUCAGCGUGGAGAUCUUACAAUGAUCGAAACCCAGAGACACUGAACGGAGAUGCCACAUAUUCCUCUCUUGCAGCAAAAGGUUUUAGAAGCGUCAGACCAAAUCUGCAAGACAAAAAAUCACCAACCCAGAGCCAGAUAACCAUCAAUGGCAACUCUGGCGGUGCUGUGAGUCCAGUGAGUUACUAUCAGAGGCCAUUUUCCCCUUCUGCGUACUCCCUUCCAGCCUCACUCAACUCCAGCCUUAUCAUGCAGCAUGGCAGAUCACUUGAUUCUGCAGAGGCGUAUUCCCAGCAUGCCCAGUCUCUGGAUGGCACCAUGGGAAGCUCCAUCCCACUCUACAGAUCCUCAGAGGAAGAGAAGAGAGUGACAGUUAUCAAGGCACCGCAUUACCCAGGGAUCGGCCCUGUAGAUGAGUCUGGCAUCCCCACAGCCAUUAGAACGACAGUUGAUCGGCCAAAGGACUGGUACAAGACAAUGUUUAAGCAAAUUCACAUGGUACACAAGCCAGAUGAGGAUACAGACAUGUAUAAUACUCCUUACACAUACAACGCAGGUCUGUACAACUCGCCCUACAGUGCUCAGUCACACCCUGCUGUGAAGACCCAGACCUACAGACCUCUUUCCAAAAGCCACUCAGACAAUGGCACAGAUGCUUUUAAGGAGGUGCCCUCCCCAGUGCCUCCCCCACAUGUCCCGCCACGACCAAGAGAUCAAUCUUCAACAGAAAAGCAUGACUGGGACCCUCCAGACAGAAAGGUGGACACCAGAAAAUUUCGAUCAGAACCAAGGAGUAUUUUUGAAUACGAGCCGGGGAAGUCAUCCAUUCUGCAGCAUGAAAGACCCCCUCCUAAAAAGGCUCUGGACUAUGUUCAAGAUCAUUCUUCCGGUGUUUCCAAUGAGGCCUCCAUCUAUCAGUCCUCCAUUGACCGAAGCCUGGAAAGACCCAGUAGUUCUGCAAGCAUGGCUGGUGAUUUUAGGAAACGGAGGAAGAGUGAACCUGCAGUGGGCCCACCCAGAGGUUUGGGGGAUCAGAGUGUGAACAGGACCAGCCCGGGCCAGGCAGACCUCCCAGGAUCAAGCUCCACAUUUACGAAGUCUUUCAUUAGUUCUUCUCCUUCCUCUCCAUCAAGAGCCCAAGGUGGGGAUGAUAGCAAAAUGUGUCCAUCCCUUUGCAGUUACUCGGGGCUUAAUGGCGCCCCCUCUAGUGAGUUAGAGUACUGUGGUGCCUAUAGACAGCAUUUGGAUGUCCCCCGGGAUUCUCAAAGGGCCAUCACCUUCAAGAAUGGAUGGCAAAUGGCCCGGCAAAAUGCAGAGAUCUGGAGCAGCACCGAAGAGACUGUGUCCCCCAAAAUCAAAUCACGUAGCUGUGAUGAUCUCCUGAAUGACGACUGCGACAGCUUCCCAGACCCUAAAGCCAAGUCAGAAAGUAUGGGUUCUCUGUUAUGCGAAGAAGACUCCAAAGAGGGCUGCCCCAUGAUGUGGACUUCCCCGUACAUCCAGGAAGUGUGCGGUAACAGCAGAUCUAGAAUCAAACACAGGUCUGCCCAUAAUGCCCCAGGCUUCCUCAAAAUGUACAAGAAAAUGCAUCGCAUCAACCGCAAGGAUUUGAUGAAUUCAGAGGUAAUUUGCUCUGUGAAGUCCAGGAUACUGCAGUAUGAAAAGGAACAGCAGCACAGGGGUCUGCUCCAUGGAUGGAGCCAGUCUUCCACCGAGGAGGUGCCCAGGGACAUGGUACCCACCCGCAUUUCGGAAUUUGAAAAGCUGAUACAGAAGUCGAAGUCCAUGCCCAAUCUAGGGGAUGAGAUGUUGUCUCCUGUAACCCUAGAACCCCAACAAAAUGGUCUGUGUCCCAAGAGGCGGUUUUCUAUUGAGUCUCUGCUGGAGGAAGAAACUCAGGGUAGACAGCCUUCUCAGGGUCAGCGAAACUGCAAGUCUAAAACUCUAGUGCCCAUCCACAUCGAAGUCACCAGUGACGAGCAUCCCAGAACACACAUAGAGUUUUCCGACAGUGACCAAGAUGGAGUUGUGUCUGACCACAGCGACUAUGUUCACGUUGAAGGGUCAUCCUUUUGCAGUGAAAGUGAUUUUGACCAUUUCUCCUUCACGUCUUCUGAAAGCUUCUACGGAUCCAGCCAUCACCAUCAUCACCACCACCACCACCAUCACCGGCACCUCAUCAGUUCCUGCAAAGGCCCAUGUCCAGCUUCUUACACUCGGUUUACCACCAUGUUAAAACAUGAAAGAGCUAAGCAUGAAAACAUUGACCAACCCAGAAGGCAAGAAAUGGACCCCGGCCUAUCUAAACUUGCAUUUCUAGUCAGCCCCGUGCCUUUCCGAAGGAAAAAGAAUGUGACUCCCAAAAAUCAGCCUGAACAGGCCAAAUGCAAAGCCUCUGUAGUUGAGGCUCUGGACUCCGCCCUCAAAGACAUCUGUGACCAAAUAAAGGCCGAGAAAAGAAGGGGGAGCCUACCAGACAACAGUAUACUGCAUAGACUUAUCAGCGAACUGUUGCCGGAGAUCCCUGAGAGGAAUUCAUCCCUUAAUGCUCUGAGAAGGAGCCCAGUGCAUCAGCCUUUCCACCCACUGCCUCAAGAUGGUGCUAUUCAUUGUCCACUCUACCAAAGUGAUUGUGGGAGGAUGCCUCACAGUGCCUCCUUCCCAGACGUGGACACAGCCAACAGCAGCUACCAUGCACAGGACUAUGGUAGUGCACUGAGUCUCCAAGACCAUGAGUCACCUAGAAGUCACUCAUCUACUCUGACUGACUUUGGAAGAAGUGCAUCUCGGGAACGAAGGGGAACUCCAGAAAAAGAGAAAUUACCUGCAAAAGCUAUCUAUGAUUUCAAAGCUCAGACAUCUAAGGAGCUAUCAUUUAAGAAAGGAGAUACUGUCUACAUCCUCAGGAAAAUCGACCAGAACUGGUAUGAGGGGGAGCACUACGGCAGAGUGGGCAUCUUUCCAAUCUCAUACGUAGAGAAACUAACACCUCCAGAAAAAGCACAGCCUGCCAGACCACCACCCCCAGUCCAGCCUGGAGAGAUUGGCGAAGCCAUAGCCAAAUACAACUUCAAUGCAGACACAAACGUGGAACUCUCCCUGCGAAAGGGUGAUAGAAUUAUUCUUCUUAAAAGAGUUGAUCAAAACUGGUAUGAAGGUAAAAUCCCGGGAAGCAACAGGCAAGGCAUCUUCCCUGUCUCCUAUGUAGAAGUCAUCAAGAAGAACACAAAAGGUGCUGACGAUUACCCUGACCCUCCUCUACCCCACAGCUACUCUAGUGAUAGAAUUCACAGCCUAAGUUCCAAUAAGCCACAUCGUCCUGCGUUCACUCAUGACAACAUUCAAGGUGGGGGUGAACCGUUUCAGGCUCUGUAUAACUAUACUCCUAGGAAUGAAGAUGAGCUGGAACUCAGAGAAAGUGACGUUGUUGAUGUGAUGGAGAAGUGCGAUGACGGAUGGUUCGUGGGAACCUCAAGAAGAACCAAAUUCUUUGGUACCUUUCCCGGAAACUAUGUCAAGAGGCUGUGAAUCACCUUCCUCCUUAUUUACUCCACAUUUCAACAACACAUCUGCAGAACUCACCUGAAAUGUCCCCGCAGGCCUGUUGCUGUCUUGCCUUAUGGUUUCCACAGGCCAUCUCCAUCUCCACCUGCUGCCACCAGAUCACCAGCAGUGACUGCCGCUGGGAGCUUCAGGGAAAUGUGGCAAAUUUACACCCUCAUAAAUGCAGUUUCCUGCUUUCUGCCCUGAACUUUUAAAUGUCUGUGAUAUGGAAUAAGAAUGAAAGUCAUCAUAAUUUUAAAAAGUGGAAUAGUUGAGGCAGAAAGAAAGAAAGAAAGAAAGAAAGAAAGAAAGAAAGAAAGAAAGAAAGAAAAAGGGAGGAAGGAAGAAACAAGAAAAGAAAGAAAGGGGACUCUCCAGAGGCUUUCUGGUCUCAUGGCUCUAUUCCCACCUCUCUGGAAGGUGUUCUGUCCUCAGGAAGCCAGAAGACUGUUUUCUGAAAUGCUAUAGUUUGCAUUUUCACCCUAAGCUUGGCAGUAUAUUUUUCUUUCACAAGUUUGCCUAGUGCCCUGGUUUACACUAUAUGACAACUAUACUUCAGCUAUUGUUUGCCUGCACUUCUCAUAUAUUGUUUUAUGCACAGUGAUCAUAAAAUCUAGAACGAGUAGGAAAGUUCAUUGGGAUGGGUGUGAUUUUUGUUAAUUGCAUUAAGUUUUCACAUAAGAGUCUUUUCCUGCCCAAUUUCUGUGUGUGUGUACUUAUCAGAAGUGCAAACAGUGAGUAAUUAAGAUCCCUUGGUCACUACCAUGACUAUCAUGAAGGUUUAGCCACACUGCAGGACAAAUCGUGUUGUAAAUUUGCAUUGCUAUUUUAUAUUAAAAUAUAAUCAUCAGCAUCGUGGACAAUGAGCUCUUAGUGUUUAUUUAUCUGUUAAAACUUAAAAGCAGUGUUAGUAAGAGGGGCAAAGAGAUGAAAGUAAUACCCAUAGGUAAGGUUCACUGUGUGUACACUUAUACGUUCGAUUGUAUAAGGACAAAUAAAUCAUAUGCUGUGUUGUACAUUUAUGGAAAUGUAAAAAAAUUCCACAUUAUUUUAUAGAGUACUUCAGGAGCAUCCUGAGUGUUAAGGCUGGCUUUAGCAAGGAUUAUGAUCAAUACACUUAUUUUUACUACAAUAAUUAUUUUUCUUCUAUGGAACCCAGAAUCCUGACUCCAUUUGCAGACAGGAAUAUAUAUGUUGAGCCUGAUUUUUCUGGUGUGUGUAACAUACUUCCUAAAAAUAAUAAAUUAGGCACUUUUAGAUAUAAUAGUUAAAUCAUUCAGGUUGUAUUUUUUGCCCCCAAAACAGCUCUACAAAACAAUACCAAACCUGAAAGAUUUAAUGGAUUUGCAGUGCCUGUGUUCCACCAUACCCUGAAACUUAGCUUUGUAUUUCAAAUGAAUUUGCAUAAGACCUGUUCCUCUUUGAAUCUUUAGCACCUUAUAGGCAGAAAUUUUUAUGGCUUCCCUCCUGUGAGCAAUGCCUGAUCUCCCACAACAUAUAGACUCUAGUAUUUUGUACAUAUGGAGUUUUUUUGUACAGACUAUUUACUUGUUCAGAAGACAGGGAUUUCCCAAUUUGGUCUUUAUCCUGCACUUAAACUGAGUUUAAACUCUUUCAGCAGAAUGCUUCUUAUGAUAUCUUAUGAUAUCUUGUGAAUCUAGAAGAGAGCAUCAACACAAAAUUCUAUGAGUUGAAAAGAUAUUUUUGUAGCCAAUCUAAAAUGCGCGUAAAUCUGGCUACAGAGGAACAUCAUUAGGGGGAGAAUAAAACAUACCUUUGAGAAACCCACUUAACUGUCCAGUUCACAGCCAGCUUUAUUAGAAAAACUUGGGAUUGGAAAUCAGUUGGCCACACGCAGCUUUGCUGAUGAAUGAACACUACUUUUUCACACCAUUUAUGAAAACAAAUCUUCAACUCUGUUGCCUGUUAUAUUUAAGAAAAUUUGCUGUUUCUACUCUCUGUAUCUGAUUUUAAAAGGAAAAAAAUAUUCAUACCUGGCUUUCAGGUCAUUGACUUUGAAUUCUUACAAGCAAAGGUCAUUGUGUUUUUCUUGAGUAGAUAAUAAAUUUUGCUUGAAAGUA